GGUACCACUGUAGUUUGAAUCCGUUGGUUUGGGCCCCACCCAAAGGAGCUUGCUCCAUCUUCCUUGGGACUGCCCUUGGAAGUGUCAGUGCAAAGGUUUUCCUCGCAGGGCACGUUUUCCUGGUUUGGAAAUGUAAACUGCAAACAUUCUCCCAGAGAAGGCGAAUCUCGGUCUUGCAGGGCACGUUUUCCUGACUUGCUGCUUGCGUUGGUUCGUCUGCAUGAGCUCUCUCUCUCUCUCUCAGCCAAAGGGAACAAGAGCCAAGAUCUGAAGUUACUUGCCUGCGACAGACAAGAUCAGACCAGUCCCGCUCCAGAGGCGGAGUCUGAAGCCCCAGAAAAAAUCUCUCCUCCUCCUCCUCUUCUCUAACCUUGCUGACGAGGCUGGGACAUCAGAGACUUGCUGUGUCACGGAAAGGAAAGGGACCACUGCGAUGCUGCGCUAGCAGGCGGAAAGCACCAGCUCCACUCUCUUUCCCACCCCCCUCCUGCAAAAUCCACCUUUUCGGCCGCCUGCAGACGCCUUACCUGCCCAACCUUGAAAGUCCGGACGUCUUGAAGGAUGGAGACCCUCCCAGAGCCUCUUCUGGUCCGGAUCUUCGCAUCCCUCCCUGCGGUCGAACUGGUUUUAGUGUGUCGCCUCGUCUGCUCCCAAUGGAAAAACCUGAUUGACGGAGCUGCCCUCUGGUUGAUGAAAUGUCAGCAGGAAGGUUUCGCUGGGGAAGAUGCAGAAGAGGAAAGCGCCGACAGCUGGCAGACGCUCUACUUCCUGAACAAGAGGAAGCGGAAUUUAAUCAAGAACCCGGACGGCGAAGAGGGUCUUGAACACUGGCAGGAUGUGGAAAAUGGAGGUGACGGCUGGGCAAUUGAGGACCUGCCUGGAAAUUUUGGGCAAGAAUUCCCCAGUGAGGAUGUCCAUAAAUACUUUGUCUCAUCUUUUGAGUGGUGCUGUAAGUCGCAAGUCAUUGAUCUCCGCGCUGAAGGAUACUGGGAGGAGCUUAUGGACACCACCCAGCCUAAAAUUGUGGUGAAAGACUGGUAUGCGGCCCGGUGUGACGCUGGCUGCCUCUACAACUUGAAAGUGCAGCUCCUGUCUUCGACAGAGGAGGUGCUGGCCGAGUUUGUGAGCGACACCAUUGCCGUCCCGCAAGGCAACGAGGGCGAAUGGACCGAGAUCACCCACACUUUUGCCGACUACGGUCCCGGGGUCUGCUUCGUUCGCUUCGAACACGGCGGUCAGGACACGGUCUACUGGAAGGGCUGGUACGGUGCAAGGGUGACGCAUAGCAGCGUAACUGUGGAGCCGUAGUGGUGGAAUUGGGGAGCCAUGGAGCCGCUUAGGAGCCUGCACAUCAUGCCAUCCCUCAGCGAGGCCAGAGUGAACUUUGCAUGGUUGUCCUCAGGGCUGGAUGAAACCUGGCACUAAAUACCCAACAGGACUUUUGGGCUUGCUGCGAUCUAUUUCUCUGGAAUUUCCCUAAGCGAGAGAGAAAAUAGAGUGCUUUCUUACGUUAAAAGUAUUUCCCUGGGUCUUCCAGCAAUGUAGAAUAAUAUAAUGCUGGCUUGUGUGUAAAAAAAAAUAUACGAUAGCAGUAACCACUUCACCGAUGAUGUAAAACGUUUUAAAAUACUGAGAGUUAAUUAGACAUCAUCCCAGAACUGGCCCUACUAAACAUAUUCCAAUACAACAAUGCCCAUUUACACCACAAAGCACUCAUAACUCACCUACUUUCAGCAGCCAGAAACACCAUAACCAGACACUGGAGAGACCUGUCAGGAGUAAGCAUGGACCAAUGGUACCAAAUAGUAUGGGAAACAGCCCUACUAGAAAAAUUAACCAAUAAACUGAAACUGACACGGGGACAAACAGAAGAAGACGCCUUCACCCCGGUAUGGCUCCCCUUUAUCACAUACACAGCCCAACAGGACAACGACAAUAAUCCACCAACAGCAUACAAAUCAAUAUGGCUAACCUGGUCCAAAACACACACACACCCCACUCACACACGAAAACAAAGAUCACCACAGCCAAUCACAAACAAACAACCACACCCUAGGCCAACCCCAACCUCUCUCAUCACCGAAGAAACACAAAUGAACAGCAGAGAAUCUGCACGAGGAACGCUGACACCAAACCCUACAUACAUUAAGCAAAAUAGAAACAUCGCCACCCCACU